UUAAAUUUGAAAUUUAAAUAUGAUUCCAAUAAUCGCUCAGCCUCAGAAGUACCAUUGGGGCUUAAAAGGUCUCUCUUCACUCGUGGGGCAAUAUGUCAGUACAAAGCAGGAGGAUGGCAAGGAAGAUAUUGAAAGCACGCAUUAUGCCGAGCUUUGGAUGGGAACCCAUCCUAAAUCUCCCUCCAUGGUGAGAAUCACUGAAGAUCUUAAACCUCACCUUACUGAAGAGUUUUACCAAGAGAAACAGGGCAGCUUAGUUGAACUAGAUGAAGUCAUUAAGGGAAACUCUAAUUUCAUCAACUCAAGAGUUGAGGAAAUGGACACGAUUAAAGGGAGUGGGUCUCUUCCUUUCUUGUUUAAGAUCUUAUCAGUGGAUACUUCUUUGUCGAUCCAAGCCCAUCCUCAUAAGGAGCUAGCUCAAGAGCUACAUGAGAAGUAUCCAGAUAUUUAUAAAGAUGCUAACCAUAAGCCUGAAAUGAUUAUCGCAUUGACUGAGUAUGAAGCUCUUUGUAGCUUCUCAUCUGGAGAAGAUAUUUGGGAAAGGAUUUGCUCAAAUCCUGCACUUGUAGAGUUCUAUAAAGAUCUUUCUGUUGAAGACCUGAAAGACUCUGAGAAGGUCAAGUCAGUGCUGAGUGCUAUUAUUAAGAUCACUUUUGAAUCCUCUGCAGAGGUGGUUACUGAGGUAGUAGCCAAGUUAUUGACAGAUAUUGGAGAAAUUCAAGAACAAGAAAGAACCCCACAUCAAAAAUUAGCAUUGAAGCUUAACACUCAGUAUGAGAAUGAUGUAGGGAUCAUUGUUUGAUUCUUGCUUAACUACAUUGUUUUGCAACCUGGAGAAGCCCUUGUGCUGAAACCGAAUGAGCCUCAUGCUUAUCUACAUGGGGAAGGUCUCGAGUGAAUGGCAACCAGCGAUAAUGUUGUUAGAGGAGGACUUACUCCUAAGUUAAAGCAUGCAGAGGUAUUGGUUGAUAUGCUUACUUAUGAAACAGGUCCUAUCAUACCAAUGAGUGGAGACAAGGACACUCCUAGCCAAGUAAUCUACAACUCAGGUUUUGAUGAAUUCAGUGUCAUUAAAGUAUCUAACAAAGCUGGAGAUGAGCCAACUCUUUUUAAAGUCCAAGACCCUGGGAUUUUGAUAUGAAUAAAAGGAUCCGGAUGUAUAAAAUCAGAUUCUGGGGAGGAGUAUCCAGUUAAAAAAUUCGACACGCUCUAUUGUCUCCCUGGCAAGGAGCUAGCUAUUCAGUCUGAAGAAGGAGAAUGUGAUGUCUACAUAGCAACAUUGGGAAAUUAAAAUUUAAAAACGCACCUUUUCAGGAGUUUUAUUUGAUCA